CACACAACACACAUCAGGAACAGGACAAAGUGAAGCCGUGCUUUGAAUUGAAACUGCAACACAAUAGUAUAUGGCCGUUGGGGAACAUCUGUAGUUUGUAGCGAAGUUGUGUAUUAGUAUUUGAGUGUACUACGAAAUGGCAAACGAGAACUUUUAUGAUAUCUUAAACAUAAGUAAAGAUGCAAGUCCUGAUGAAAUUAAGAAAGCAUACAGGGAAAAGGCAAAGCAAUUUCAUCCCGACAAGAACAAGGCUCCAGAAGCUGCUGAGAGAUUUAAAAUGAUAAGCAAGGCUCAUGAAGUACUUAGUAAUCCGGCAGAGAGACGUAAAUAUGAUGAUGCGAAGAGAAACGGUUUUGACUAUGACAAUGAUAACUCAUCAUGGUCGAGACCGAAUAUGGCCGAUGCUAAGGAAUGGUUUGAAACUAUAUUCAACGAAUUUCGUGGUAAGUCUCGACUUCUGACUUUACUGUAGCAGUUUUAAUUCACUUAAAAUGAAGGUUUGAUGUGGUUAGUUGACACAACUGCCUUACAGUUCAUACGUGAGCCGAAUUUAUAUCCAGCCUUUCAACAGACCGCCACGCUGUUUUGUCAUUACCACAUCAAUCCUUCAAAAUGCUGACAUUUGUAUUAAAUUCUAGAGUUAUAGAUGAAUACUUUGAAAACUUCGCCAUCAUUCACUACAAAUUGUAUACAUUUUACAACUUCAUAAUGUGCUCUCUAUGUUUUUCAUUGGUUAAUUAAUAAAGUAACAAAUUCGUUUGGAACACAUUAUGUUACAUAACACCGCUAUUAUAUAAGACUUUUUUGCCUAGAAUCUUAGCCAUAUUGAUAAAAUUCUAGUGAAAAUUUGUUCUAAGUUACUAAGAAGAUGAUGCUUAGUAGCACAUGAGCUUCCUUUCCUGCCAAAUUUCUUGAGAUUGUGCCACAAUUCUGUUACCAACAUGAGGAAAUGGUAUAUGGCAGUAUUCUGGAACAACUGGAUAGCGUUACCAUGCUUUAUAAACAAGUUGGGGGUUACUGUUUGCCCUAUAAGAUAAUACCUUUGAGUAUUCUAAGUGUUGAUUGGAAGAUGUGCCUGACAGGGGUCAAAUGGUUAUCAAAAUGUGUUUGUCACAUUUCUGUUCUAUGCUUCUAGCUAAGUCUUUGAGAUAUGUUUUUGAGCUGAUUCCAGCCAGUUGUUUUUGAAGCCGAUUCAUUUUAGCAUCCUGGUGAUGGCUUAGAUUGCUUUUCUAUAAUUAGCUGAUUAUUAAUUUAUCUUCCCAGCAUGAACAUAUGGAGUUAGAAGGGGGUAUUUCAUUCCAGAAUGAGCUGUGAUGUUUAUGAAUUUGUUCACUAAACUAUUUUGUGUGUGUAAGCAAUUUUGUGUGAAAUUUCAAUGUGUACUAUUUGUGACAUUUUUGAAACAAUGAUGUAAUUGGUGGUAUGAUAAUUGAGCCUGAAAAGGAAGUUUUACUAUUUCUUAAAACAGUCCUCUCUUUCAAACCUUUGGAAUUGAAUUUCGAAUUCUCUUACAUACUUUAAAAGUGUUCCUUUUUACAACCUUGAGCAGUUGGGUUAAACACUUUUGCGGUCAUCCAUGUACUAGCAUUCUUUGAUUAUCAAGAAGGGUUGGUUCAUAAGGGUUUUCAGUUAUAUAAUUAUAAUUAUAUAAACCAGUACACUGUUCACAUGACCUAUAACAUAAGUGUGAACUUCCUGAGAAAUUCGAAGAUUCAAGUUUUUAGCAAAUUCUAAGCUAUAAUAUUCUCUUGUUUAAUUGAGGUUUUGGUUGGUGAUUGUUUCAGAUUGUGAUGUUUGAUAUAAAAUGCACUGAUUUUCAAUGUUUGGUGCAUGUCAUUUGGACAAUUGUGUUAAGUUUCAGUUCUUCUAGAUAUACUGAAGGCAGCCACUGUAAAAUGAGUUCAUGCUUGACUGUACACACCUGUUAAAAUGAUAAACAGAUAUUGUCAUGUAGCUUCUAGAACAUUCUUGUAUCAUCUGCAUUUCAAAAGACAGGAAGAUUAAACUAAAAAUAAUUUUUGCAUACACUAGCUAUUUUAAUUAAAUUGUAUAUCAAACGAUGCAAAAUAUAUAAGUUGUGAUUACUUAGGCCGUUUUUUUUAUGAGAUAGGCACUCAUAUCUAACAAUUGGUUCAUUAAUUAUGUAGAAUUGAAAUGCAGUGUUUUAACAAAACCUUCUGUAGUGUAGAACGAAGUAGCGCAUCUACUAAGUUAAGAACGAAAUAGGGCUUAGCAAAGCAGUGGAACAUGCAAGCAUAAUAUCUCAAGCAUCAAUAAUAACUUCACCUUCUGCUCCUAAUAUUCAUUCCCUAUUUGAAAUUUCUAGUAUGUAUUAAAGACAGGUUAUUUCCAGUCAGUAAAAAAGGUUUAAUAUGCUUUGUCUCAGCUCUUACCAAACAGUUGAUUUAUAUAAGAAAGCGUAGUAAAGAGCAAAUUUUCGGCAGAAUAUACAUACUGUAUAGAAAAUCAUGGUAGUAUCCAGUUGUUUCCAGAAUAGAUCUGUCCCAGGCGAUUUCAUUCUGUUUGAAGCCAAUUGGCAAAUCUGGAUCCAAAAUCAUUGUAAAUUAUAACAAAAUGUUGUGUUCAGCUUUUCUAUAAAAUGUAGAGUAUGUUACACUUAGCUAUAUAGUACGUAAACUUGAAAUAUAUAUACUAAAUAUUCAUUCCUUCUCUCUUGCAGACGACUCGCCGUUCUCACACGAAGCUUUUACAACGAAUAUGAGAAGUAAUGAAACGAACAAUUUUAGUGCGCACGAACGCAGCAAGCAACAGAACACGACGCGUAACAGAGAGUUUGGUAGAAGCAGUUUUUCAUGUGGACAAAAACGUAAACCAGACUUUGGGCCGGAUUGGUCGAGUCGUUUUGAAAACGACCAUUCUUCACCCAGCGCAAAAAAACGUCCAAGACCUGAAACCUGUUCAAAUUCAUCAAGUAACUGUAGCUCCUCCUUACCAAAAGACGCUGCGAUUGAAAGACACCUCGAAGUUUCACUAGAAGAAAUCGCUUCAGGUUGUACGAGGAAAUUAAAAAUCAAACGAACAAUAAACGACGAACGAGGCUGUUGCACACAAGAAGAGAAACUUUUAGAAAUUCCCAUUAAAGCUGGCUGGAAAGCUGGCACAAAACUGACUUAUCCGAAACAUGGUGACAAAUACCCAGGCAGAGAACCAGCUGAUAUAAUUUUUAUCUUAAAAGACAAACCACAUUCUUUAUUUACCAGAGACAGUAACAACAACCUUUUACAUACUGCGAAUGUUUCAUUGAAAAAAGCCUUACUUGGUGUGUCAUAUUGUAUACAAGGACUAAACGGUCGAAGACAUGAUGUGAACGUUAGAGACAUAGUACAUCCAGGGUAUGUGAAACGGUACCAAGGCGAAGGACUACCUCUACCCAAGACGCCCAGCAAACGUGGCGACCUUAUAGUGACUUUUAACAUAGAAUUUCCAACCUUCCUAUCAUGGGAUCAGAGAAGGGUACUGUCAGAUUGUUUGCCAAACUAGAAUACUAGUAAUGUUGUAUAUAGAUGUUUUUAAAUCGGAAAUUAUUUAUUACAAAAAAACCCAAAAAAUCUUCAAAUAAAAAUCUCAAAAAUUUACACUUGUGACAGAGUUGUGUUGUUCCUGUGGCCUUUUUACCCAAAAGUGA